AUGGAAGAGGUGAAACAAAAAUCGGCGGAACUCCUGAAUGGUCUUGCGAAAACAGACUUCCAGCACUGCCUCGAGCAAUGGAAGAAACGAAUGAAACGGUGUGUGGCGAGGGGAGCGGAGUAUAUUGAAGGGGAGCGUUUGAAUGUAGAAUAACUUUUAUAAUAAAACACUUUUUCGUAAUCAGUCUCGUCAUUUAAUAGCCUCACCUCGUAUUAUGUUCCGCAGCGACGGCGUCAUUACUGGCUGUUGCGCGGCGCGGUAAUUCGAAAAAAACGAUUAAUUGGCCGACCGCGAUUUGUACGGCCGCCGUGUAAACAAGUAUAUAAUCUUCUCCAGAGUAUAUUUGUCGUAGACGAAUGGUUAUACACAUCUAUUAUCAUAUUAGGGUUCGUGGGUUCAAACGCUACACUUGCUUUUAAAUCCUGAGUGGAAUGAAGAAGCUUAUGGUUUUAAAAAGAUUUUUUUUUUUUAUUUUUUUCUGUGGACAACUUUUCUACAAGCAAUUUUUCUUCGAUUUACAAUAAUAGCACUUUUAUUGAAAGUAAAUCUGACUGAGAAGGUACUAUAGGGACGUAAUUUUUCGAUUUUCACAGGAGUUUUCCCAAUAAACAUCAAGAGAAAUCAUUUUUAAACCUGGCUCAACAUUAAUUUUAUUAAUUUUAUCAGUAAAUUCAUAAGUCUUUUUUAUAGAAGUAUCAUUAUUCAUGUUUGAUUGUUUUUAUAUAAGAGAAUCUAAAUAUUUAUUAGGGUUAUAAGAUGGAGCAGUUUUAAAGUUAAUUAAUGGACGAAUCGGAUGAUCUUGUUUAUGUAAUUCUAUGAGUAGAUGUUAAUGUGGAGUCUAUAUUUUUUAAUCAAAUUUUAUUAAUAUUUUCUUUUAGACUUAGUAUGAUCUCUUUCGAAUUUGUUAUCAGUUUAUUAAUUUGUUGAGUAAAAAUUAUAGUUGGGUCGUAAGUUUCGAAUAUUAUUAUUAUUUAUAGAAUCUAAAUCUUUUUUUAUGAAUUUCAUUAGUAUAAAUGUUAACAAUUUAUAGAUUAAUAGAUUUAUCUAAUAGAACUAUUUCUAAAUUAUUUGUUUUUAAUUUAUUCACUAUGUUGUUAAUAAUUGUAUUUUUUCGUUUAACUAUAUUAUUUUGUUUUAAUAUUUUAUCAGGCUUAUUUUUGUAGUUUUUAUUGGUUUUUAUUUGUGAACAAAUUUUAGAAAAGAACUUUCAAGAUGGUGUUCAAGUAACUUUUCUAAUAGAAAGACAAAUGUUUUCUUGUUAGUGCAUUAAAUAGGUCAUUUUUUGAUUUUCCAAAGGAUUUUCAAAAAAAUUGAGAAAAAUCGGAAACAAAGUUAUAGUUAGAACGGCAAAACGGCUGCGGCGUUACCGAAUUCAUAGUCUUUAAUUAUUGCAAACUACGUUUUAUACAUGGAAUAUUGGUUUAAUCGAAAACUGCUUAGAGACCUUUUUUUGUUGUAUUUCGGAUUGAGUUGCACACAAAGUAAGUUUUUUUUUUAAUUUCCGAGUAGUUUUCGUAAUGAUUUGGAAAACUGGGAAAAGACGAAAAGUGAAUAACAAACGAAUUUACGGCAUGAUAUAUUUACAGGUUGCAACCAGAAAUAUUGCUUCCGUAGUAAAACGACAAGAAACCUUUUUUCGUUAAAUUAUUAAUUCAAAUGGCGUGUAAAAAAGCCGUGUUUAGAUUUUCCCUUUAGUUUUUUUUUUUUUUUUUUUAAUAAUUGAGCAAUACUGAAAAAAAAAAUAAAACGGAAGAAAGAUUUCAUUUCAAAAAGUCGUUUACCGACAGAAAGAAUUCAGGCAACUUCGCACGCGGGUAUUGUAAGUGAGAAGGUAUAAAGACAAUAUAGGAGAAAUUUAAUGUAUAUCCGUAAGUAACGAUAGACCAUUGCUAGCGAAAAACGAUUCUGAGAGCAGAUCAGUUGAUAGUGAUGCUUUGCCGACAAUAUAUAAUAUGCCAUAUUAUAGUAAAAUAUUUAAAUAGGCUUUAUAUAUUUUCUUUAAUAAUAUUUGUUUAAUAUUGUGCCUAUUUUCCUGUUUUUCCCACGUAUUUCCUAUAUAUUUCCCAUUUUUUUUAUAUUGGUAGAAAAGUUUUAUACAGAAAAAAAAAAAUAAAUAAAUAAAUAUCUUUGUGUAAAACCAUAAGCUUCUUCGCUCCAGUCAAAAUCUAAAAAUCAAAUAUAGAAAUUUUAAAAUAUAUAUUAAAUUAAAAAUCAAUCAAUAUAUGUACAUACUACAAUGUUAUUAUAAAGAUUUUAAAUAAUCGUUACUGCAGCAGUUGUAGUAUUGUUAAAAUCGUAGAACACUUGUUCCGGUAUAAAACGGUGUAUUCCUACGGAAAUAUAUCUGAGUUGGGAAAUUCAAUAUGCACAAUCGGAGUACGCGAGUAUAGUCGACUACUCGACUCGACUAGAGAAAACUCUACCGGGCCGAAUACUCGACCGGAUUUACUCUAGUUUUCAUCCGGUGUACACAAUAUGAUAACCGACCGCGCGCAGGCUGUUCUUUCAUAAUGCCCGCCCCGCACCGAUGAAUUUAUUAUCACGGCGAUUAUGACGAUCGUUAUUAAUAAUAACCAUAAUACUCGCAGGUACGUACCGACUGACCCGUACGCUGUUACUAAUUUAUCGUUCGUCCGGUUUAUAUUAUUACCUGUCUCGAGCGCGGGCCCGAAAGGAUUCUGUGUCUGCCCCUCACCUUCCCUUCCGGCCAUCAAGCGAAAAAAAAAUAACUCGUUAUACAUAAACAUUGUAGUAGUACAUAAUAAUUACGAUCGUGAUUUAAAUGCUGCCUGUGAUAUUAUAAUAUUCGAUCGUAUACGACAUAGAUGGUAACGAAACGAGUGUAGGUAUUCUAAACGUUUUAAAUAAGGUUAAACCGUCGUCGUUGGCACGCGAACCCGUUGCUCUCGAUAUCCGUCGAGCGCGUGUGCGGAAACGGAAUACUAUCGUAAUAUUGUUACGUUACCGAGUCACCGGAGCGAUGUUUGAUAUUUAGGUUCGGAUUGUAGCGAGGGAACUGUUACUGCGGUGUGUGCUUUUGUAAUUUUUGAUUUCGACUGAAGCGAAGAAGUUUAUGGUUUUACACAAAGAUAUGUAUUUAUUACAAUUAUUUUAUUUUCUGUGGACAACUUUUCCAUCAAAUAUCCUGCUCCGCUUUUCAAGUGUAGCACUUUUUCUAAAACGAAAUCUGACUAGGGUAGUAUUUUAAAGGGGUCAUUAUAAUGCCUAUUUAAUUAUUUUACCAUAGUAUUAUGACAUAUUAUGUAUUAUUGACAAAGCAAGAAAUUAUGAAACUCAGUCCUGAAGACAGGACAAUUAACCAAGAUGAGAGUCUAGAAGUUAUUUUUCUAGCCCAUUUAUUCUAUAGAGUGCAACAGUUUAAGUACCUAGGAGUCCUGUUGACCCAGAAGAAUGAGCUAAAAACAGAGGUAUCAAGACGAAUCUAAAUGGCUAAUAAUUUUUAUUUUGGUAUUGGACCUCUUAUAAGAUCCACAGCUAUUUCAAAAAACAUGAAGAUUGAAAUUUGUGUAACACUAAUAUGGCCUAUGAUUUUAUCUAAAACUUGGGCUUUAAGGAAGACGGACGAACUGAUACUGGAAGUUUUCGAAAGAUAAGUUCUAAGGCGAAAUAAUGAAGAACUUCAAAAUCUAUUCCAACGAUCAUGUAUUACGAGGGAAAUCAAGACGAGAAAAUUAAGGUGUGCCAGCCAUACUUGGCGAAAAAAUGGCACAUUAAUUAAAACUGUAAUCAUAGAACAUCAGAUGAGGAAAAGGCCGCUGGGGUGGCCACAUCUAUGAUGGUGGAUUGUGUUGAAAGGGAUGUAGUGACAAAGGACCCAGAGGUAAAUUGGAAGGAAUUGAUUGACGAUAGAGAGAGCUGGAAGAGAAUUUUCAGUCUUAAAAGGCCAAAAUCCAAGAAAAAACAGAAUUGUAGACAAAACAUCACUAACAACUGA